AUUGAAAUUGUCUCAAUAAAAUUCUACUGACAACUGACUACUUCUAUUUUACGUAAAAUUAACAAAAGCCAGCAUUAGCUAACAAUUUUCAAUGUUCCAAUUUGUUCUCUCAAUAAUUCAAACCCUUUUCCGCAAUUUUCAGUAUUACAAACUUCCUUUAAACACAAAUUUUCAAAAUUAACCUAAUCGCCGCAAUUUCUCUUAUAGAUAAUCGCAGCAAUUUGAAUUAUAAAAGCUACUUAAUAAUUAAUGCGCGACUGAUUCCGAAAACAGAGACUUUUUUCCAUAGACUCAUUGUUAGUUCUAAACCAACCGAGUUUAAAAUCAAUACGAUGGCCGGUUCCAUCUUACCCCAUAGUUUCUUUAUAUUGACUCUGGUCGGUCUCUGGCGGCCGCUCGAAUGGCGGGGCUGGAAAUUUCUUCUCUACAAUUCAUACAGUUGUUUUGUAGUGUUGACUAAUUUUGCAUUCACACUUACCGAAUUUCUAGACCUAGUUUUAGUGAGCUCCACUGUCAAUGAAUUCACCAGCAAUUUAUCAAUGAUGUUAGCGAUGGUCGCUGCUUGCGGAAAAAUAGUUGGCGUUCUCUGUAAUAGAAGACAAAUUAUCAGAGCUUUGGAAAACUUGCAAAAAAAUCCUUUUAAGCCUCGUGAUCAGAAAGAAGAAAUGAUUCUUCAGAAAUUCGCAGAUACUAGCAGUUUUAUAACCCGUUGCUAUUGGAUAUUUUUGACAGUAGGAGUCACAGGAAUUUCACUGACCGGAAUAAUGGAAGCGAAGUUACCUGAUGUGCUGCCUUACAGAGGGUGGUUGCCUUUUAACUAUUCCCAGCCAAGCGUUUACUUAAUGACCGCGAGUCAACAGAUGGUAACAUUCUUCAUAGGAUGCUACGUCGACGUCGGCUUUGACACUUUGUUCCCCGGAAUGAUGCUCUACGUUUCUGCGCAAAUAAGUAUUCUGGAGUACCGGUUCAAAAAUGCUGUAAAAAUUCUUCAUGAAUUGGAAAUAAAUAAUUCUGGCUCUAAUCUAAUAAAAAAUUCAGAAAAAAUUCUUAUUGGCGACUGGGUUGAGUGUCACAAUUCUGUGCUCAGUUUUUCAGAUUACAUCUACGGAAUAUUCGCGACGCCUGUUUUCAUCCAAUAUUGCCUGAGUUCAGUGAUAUUAUGCGCUACUGUCUACAGUCUUUCAACCAUCCCAGCGUUUACCUUCGAAUUUAUAAGCUGUAUUGUUUACAUAAUCACCACGGUGCUCCAAAUAUUUUUGGUCUGCAUGUCGGCGCAUCAGGUGACGCUUCAAUUUGCAGAUCUGAACGACGCUAUUUACAAUACUGACUGGUUCAAGUUGAGCAAUAGCGCUCAAAAAUCGAUUAUUGUUGUCGCUUUGAAGACUUUCAGGCCAGUUAUUUUUAUGUCUGGCGGUAUUAUUACUUUAUCACUUGAGUCGUUCAAAAGUGUAAUUAAACUGUCUUACUCUAUUUACAACGUUCUUCAACAAUCGUAAUAUUUAAAUUACAAUAAAAUAAUAAUAGUAAAA